GGAGGACUAUUCCGAGGAGUCUACUGAGGAGACGUCAUCUGCCUCCAGCUCUUGGACGAAAACAUCCAUGGCCAGUAGACCCCCCUAUUCAAAAUCCCCGGAGGUGACGCCCAUGGCUCCUAAAGUUCCAAUCAAUAUACCGGCACUACCGAUGUCCCAAACAAGAGCAGCUCCACAAAUAUGGACUACAUAUGCACCUAGGGCGGUGCCUUUAAAGCCCCUGCCAAUCCAAGUCAGACAAACAAGUAUUUUACAAAAGAGUUAUGCUUAUCUGUCCAGCAUUUGGCCAACGAGGGUAGGGCACACAGAAAAGCAGCCCCUGCCCAAGAGAGCCCCAUCGCCUCGCCCACCACAGAGACGAUACAUGUCUUACAGGUUCAUGUUGACUCGCCUUGAGGAAUGGCGUCGAUCACGUGGGUACCAGCAUGACGUCAGGGACGGUGUUUUUGAACUCAAGGAUGAAACGUCUAAGAAGCUGUCGUCCUCGGCCGUCACUACAGAAUCAACGGUAGCACCAAGUGAAAUGUCCGGUCGAGGGGAGACCACUGUGCAGACGACCAGUUACACAAGGGGAACCGAUGUGACUUCUGGAAUAGCGUCAAGCACCUUAGCCGCAUUGAGCACAUGGAACACCAGCGAAACGAUGACAGAAAGACCCGAUGGGAAUCCCUCGGGAUAUUACAUGGAUGCCAACAGCUCUUACCAAACAAAUCGCAGGCGCAGUUCAGUUGGAACGAGACCCCAGCUGGACACUAGUGAAACCACACGGGAAACAUCCACGCUAUGGAUGGUCACUAAAGACUCAUUCAGUACACUCAGAGAUGUCAGCUUCGUGACACGGUCAGAGACUUACGACACGAAAUCUUCAAGACCCUCCUCUGACCGAUCUCUUACUGCAACAUCCAAUGGUAAGUUGUCUACACAUCUAAGUACACAUAAUAUGUCACCUUCACAAAGUUGGUUGUUGGGUUUACGUAGACUAAUCACUUUGCGAUAUUACAGCUCAUAAAUUACUAUGUUUAAUUCAUUUUUACAUUCUUGGGUGAUAGAAUUGAUCAACAAAAUAUUACUAGUGUCUGAUUUGAGUUUACAUUUAUUUAUAGAAUUUUACUUUUCGAACAUACGUUUUCAUCCUAUUGAAAUCAGCGCUUGGAGUAAACGAAAAACAUUUUGUGACACAUUUGAUUUUCAUCUUAUUAUUAAGAGCAGUGUUUCUAGGGCUUAUACAACUAUUAUUGAAAACGCAAACCAUAUUUAUGGGGAAAAUACGUUAUUGCUGUGUCAUAUGUUCUAGUGAGUAACAGAGACGUAUUGGUUCAAAUACACAACACUUUACUUUGUUACGUUUAUUUUGACAGCGAACUCCUGUCUUGUAGAUUCAGCAACGGAUAUCCGAUCAACGUCACGAGACAGUUCCAAACAUUACACGGACGAGUCUAAUUACCAGACCAGAUCAUCAAGGCAUCCGACACAUAACACCCCUACGUCUGCCACCGGCGCACGAGGGGUUCUCUCACCUGGUCGGCCCCCCAGGGGUCAGCCAAGCAUGCACAGGAAGAAAGAGGGACACUUGCACGAGCGGGAGUUCAACAGAAACGCAC